AUGCAACAAGUGAAUGGAGUUCCCGUUCUCUCAUCAGAUCCAGAUGCAAUAUACGCCGGCCUCGACAAGGAGCCCACCUGGUUCAGUGCUCAGGGUGGAGUUUAUAAAUGUAUCGAGCGUGCAACACAGAAGCAGGUUGCCAUUAAAAAGUAUCUCGUGGAAGAGAAUCAGUACGAGGACAUGUUUGUCAUGCCAAAGGAACUUGUAGAGAAUGAAAUCUACUCAAUGACAAAGUGCGUACACCCCAAUAUCCUCAAGCUGCUGGCAGUCCAUUUGCAUCAGGAAUUUGUCUAUCUAGUGAUGCCACUCUGCACCGGUGGCUCGUUGCAACAGUAUGUGUUUGAACAUCAUCUCACUGUAGGCCAGCUUGUGCAUAUCAUCACAUCCAUUGCAUCUGGAUUGGCCAAAGUGCACGGUCAUGGCUAUAUCCACAGAGACAUCAAGUGCGACAAUAUUUUUCUGGAUCAAGAGAGCAACACCAUCGUCAUUGGUGAUUUUGGCGUGGUUUCUAUUUCACCUGCAGCAGAUUCAAGCGUUGAGGAAGCUGGGGUUGUUUUAUUUUGGUCACCUGAAUUAGUUCAACAAAAGAUUGUAAAUCAUAAAGUCGAUAUCUGGGCAUUGGGCAUUGUGAUUCUGGAAGUUCUAAAUGGGGGAAAGGCGCCUUAUGAGGAUGAGAAAUUAGACGAAGAAGAGAUCAAGGAACGCAUUUUGCAGAAUGGAAAACCAGAAUACCCACCGGAUCUUCCUUCUCGUCUAGUGGAUCUGCUGGACUGCUGUCUUGAUCCUGAUCCUCGUACGAGGUCAUCGGCAAACAGCAUAUUACAGCACCCAUUCUUGACGGAUUACGAGCCAGAGCUACUGUUCCCAGCCACUCGACUCGACCACGAUAUCUCGUCUCAGUCAGAGUCAGAUCUAUCCGAUAGCAUGCACGAUGUUGAACAGGAGAGCAUGCUAGAUCAUAAAGAGCAAAGUGGUGUGCAAGACAUGCAUUGUUUCGAUACAGAGAUUACUUCUGUGUUACCCCUAUCUACCGUCACAACAGCAACCGUAAACAGUGAUAAUGACACUAUCAUGAUGGAGAAGCCACCUUCCACACCAACACAUCCUGCCAAAUGCAGACUGCCUGUACCAGCAUUCUCCGUCGAUAAAACAGCAUCUGCAUCCAUACCUGUCAAGGAAAAGAUCGCCAAUGUCAUCCGUAAAAGACAAUCGAUAUCAGACUUAAAUCGCAGCCAAGGUUCUCGUAUUCCCAUGCUCUGCAUCUUACAGCCUGUCAUUGAAAACUUGAAGGAUCCAGAAGACUUGAUGCACGCACCCAGAUUGAGAUCAGUCAAAUCCGUCAGAUUGCAAUCGCCUGUGCAAAAGAAGUCAGUGUCUGGCGGCGAUGCCAAAGACAACUUUAUUCGCAAACCGUUGACCAGGUCCAACACGGUGCCUCUGCGCAUGGACCAAGUCCUGAAACCACCACAACGCCAGAUAAAACCGCCAUCCGCCACAGUAUCGACUGCCGAGAAAUUGUCGCAUAAACGAGCAUCGCAACGAUCGCCUCUCUCUGAACUCAAGUCCAAUACCAGGAAGCCUAAAAUCAACACAUCCUCCACCACAGCGCCCAAGACUAAAAGAGAAUUACCACCAAAAAGCUCCGUGUAUCGCAAGCGACUUCCCGCUGGAGAGAGUCGAACUGCUAGAUUGAUGAUGGGAGUUAGUACAAACGGUCGUCGACAAUCUUUCAGGCAGAGAGAAGAGAUGGCCACAGAGAAUGAGCUUUCACCCACAUUGGGGCAUCGAUUUGGAAAGCUAUUUAGCAGUAAUAAACCCAAGGAACCUCCCACAAGUCCUACUUCAACUACCAAGAAACGCCCAAUGUCAUUCGCUGCUUCCUCAUCCUCUUCACAUUUGCAACCUCCUUCAACUUGCCGAUCUAUACCCAGUAUUCCACCACUUGCGUCAGAAAACAACAAAAGUAACAGACUGAAAAGACAAUCUGUGCCUGUGGCUCCAAAAGCAUUAGACGAAGAUCGCCAUCAACGCACAAACAAAAAGGCAAACAACAACAACAGCAGCAAUAGCACUACGACCAGCAACACCAGCAGCAACAAGGACAGUGGCCAUUCUUUAAAAAACAGUGUCAAGGCGCUUCAAGUGCAUUAA